CUCCCCUUGCAGUGCUGCUACUGAUGUCACUUCCCCCUUGUAAACGGUAUGGAAGCUGUGUUGCUUCUGAGAUUGGUCACGGGGAGGGGAAAGAAGGGGCAGGGGGAGGGAGAGAGAGACUGACUGACUGAGUGCAUGCUGUAUCCUGGGACCCUGUUUACUUAACAUUUCCAGCCAAGGAAGUCCUGGUUUAAAUUUGAUUGUGGGUGCCGCCUGUCCAUAUGAGAUGAGGAAGUGAUUGCUGUGGGAUUUUAGAAAUUCCUUUGUUUAAACUCUUAGUGAAUGUGGAUUAUGAGAAUGCAGAAUGCCUUUCCUUUUGGGCCUGCGGCAGAGCCCAGUCAGCUUCUUUUCCAGAACCCAGGACAAAGAAACAUGCAUAGGAAUCAACAAUCAGAGUUACAUCUGCGAAACGGGCCAUUGCUGCCGACAGUCUCAGUGCUGCAAUUACUAUUAUGAGCUUUGGUGGUUCUGGCUAGUAUGGACGAUCAUCAUCAUACUGAGCUGCUGUUGUGUUUGCCAUCACAGACGUGCCAAACACAGACUUCAGGCACAACAACGGCAGCAUGAAAUUAACCUGAUUGCCUAUCGUGAAGCUCAUAACUACUCCACCCUGCCAUUUUAUUUCCGAUUUUUGCCAAAUUAUUUACUACCUCCCUAUGAGGAAGUGGUGAACCGACCUCCAACCCCUCCCCCACCAUAUAGUGCCUUACAUCAGCAAUGCGUCCCGCCUGGCAAUGGCAAUGCAGCACCAGACACAAGAAACCUACAGCCAGCACCAACAGGCUCUCUGUCAGGAGCAGGAAGCAAUAAUGGAAACACAGACAGCACUGCCUCCCCCAGCAUUAGGGAUCCUGAAUCCUCCACCCCACAAGUUGACGGAUCAACCACCAAAGUAACAAGUGGCGAGCCAAGGAACUCCAACAAUGGGGCAGAAUUACAAGAGACACCUGCCCAUUUAUCCUAUCCUGAUAAGGAGUCAGAAUGCAAGGAGGAACUGCUUAAGGAUUUCAACUCUGAAAGUUUAGACCACAACAGCGCCUUCUCUGAUGCUAAAGACAAGACACCAGGCAGACACCGACGGUUCACCGGUGACUCAGGCAUUGAAAUCUGUAUCUGUAACCAAGGUCACCAUGAUGGUGAUCUCAAGGAGUUGGAUGGGUUCAUUGAUGAUGGACCCAUGGACUUCUGUGAUAGUUGCAGUAGCCACCCUCCACAUGGAGAUGAGGAAGAAGGGCUUUUCAAUGCUUCAGAUGAGCAGCACCGAGAGCAUAACCACCAUCACCUCCCCCGCCAGCCUGUGUGUGUGCUUCUGAAUACAAUAAAUGAGCAGGACUCUCCAAACUCUCAUGCCAAUACAUCCCCCAGCUAAAAUGGCAAAGGGAAGCUUUACAAAAGGAUAAACAAUGACCUGCAACCAAAAACAAGUUGGUUCACCUUUUUCUUCAAGUGUAACUAUGGGGAUAACCAUGAAUCUUUGGAGGAAGAGGCAGCAACUUCUAAGCUAGCUUCCUCCCUCCCCUGUCCUCUCCUCUGCCUGGUUAGGGGCUUAAGAUUAAAUGUGAUAUCAUUUAUAUGUGUGUAAGAGUGUGUGUGCGUGUGUGCGUGCGUGUCCUCUCUCUCUCUCUCUCUCUCUCUCCCCCCUCCCUCCCCAUUGCUGAUUUUGGUGAUAGUUUAUUUGGUUGGCUCUUGUCUUAAAGUUUUCAACAUCUGCUUUAUUUUUGAUCAGAUCUGACCCUGUGAGAACAAGGAGUAUUACUGUAUCUCUUCCCUACUCUGUCUUUCCAGGUGUCUUCCCAGAGGCCAGUGGCAUUUAAUGGCUAUGGUGGUCUGUCUAGUUAGAGCUGUUAAAUUAAUUCCCCAAAGGUGUGUGGAUGAGUGUCAUUAAACAAACAAACAUGCAGUGCUGUUACCUCUGGUGCAUCAUUGGUUAUAGCAGCUUUUCCUUAUGAAGCUGGUCACUGUAGAGGUUCAUUUUCUUCCAAAAGCAAAGCAUCCACCCCUGAAGUAUAAAGUUUAUGCAAAAAGUGGUUUUCUGCCCCUUCUGUUGUUGCCUUUUGUUUAUUUUGUUAAGGCCAAUAUAUUCCUUCAUGUAAUGCCUCUAAAAGGUACAGUUUUGAGUUGAACUUUCUGACAGAGAAGUUAUCUUUUCCAGUACUGUGAUCUCAAAAUAACAGCUGGUGUGCUGCGACUGAAAAAAGUCAGGAGCUUCACAAUUUAAGGCCAGCUAGCUAAUUAAAAUAUCAAAGCAAAACAAAACCAAGCACUUGUGUGUACGUGCAUGUGCGCGUGCAGAACGAACAGGACUAUCUUUUUGGCCAGUGUGCCUUCAGGUUUCAGUGAUGCUUCUUGAACAAAUGGAGACAAGAAAUUUAUCUUGCAAAAGGAUGACUUGUAGCAUCAAUGUGGAAGACUCAUACAGUAUUCUCUCUCUCUCUCUCGCUCUCUCUCCCCCCCCCACCCCCUGUAUUUUAACAAUUGACCACUUAAAAAAAACUUGAGUGUCUUUGUUCUCUCUCUCGAUAGCAGUAACGGGCUACUGUACUACGUCUGUCAGUGUGUAUGUGUGUUUGACUGCAGUAAAUGCAUGUGUGUGUUUCCUACUGGUGAUAUGAAACUUGCUGCUGUAAGACUGCAAAAAAAGGACUUUUGCUUUGCUUUAACCAAACAGUAGAUCUUUUGUUGGUUACAAACCAAAGGGGGAAGGGGGAACCCCCACAAAGAGCUGAAACUAACAUUCCCUGGAGCAUUCCUGUGGAAGAGAGCAAGCCUUGGUUUCUAUAUUAAGUGUGAUAGAGCUUUUUUUUUGUUUCCCCCUUCCUCUCUUUCUUUAAUUACGGUUGUCUGGGUCAUUUAUUGUCAUAAAACAGACUUUCUGAUUUGAUUUGCUUGAAACCAAAAUCAGUUUGAAAUACGGUGUAAGCCUAAAUAUAUUGCCUUUUUUUCUGAUA